AUCUUCUAUGAAUUUCAUUGGACAAAUGGUCGCAACGUAAGUCGACGUGGAAUUAUCAGUAGUAAUACCCCAAGACCUUCAAAAUUAUCGGAUAUUUCCCGAGAGUUUCGUUGCGUAGCAACGAGAGGGAUAAGGUUCACAGGUUAAAAAACCCGAGCGCGAAGCGCGAGUGUUUUUCUGCGAAUCUUAUCCCGAUCGGUGCUACGCAGGGAAACUGGAGGGAAAUAUCCGAUUAAUUUUGAAGGUCGAGGGGUAUUUGGCUGGAUUAUUUUUUUCAUUCCAAUUGCAAACAAUUAAAUGUGUGGCAUUUCACGUCAUAUAGUAUGGUUGUUCACUCGUAGUCGUGGCUUCUCCAGCGUAUAUUUUUUGUCUGCACAAAAUGCAGAGAAUUAUUUCCAAAUUGUGGCUUUUGUCUUCACUGUAUUAUUAGGAACAUUUUUUAAAAUUUUUUGAUCAAUAAUCUCCAAGGAUUCCCGUCCAAAUCUGCUCAUGUCGAGGUAAAGUCUUUAAACUUGAUUUUUUGUAAUGACAGUUUUGGGGUUUGAAACGCGUACAAAUUGUUUAUCGGAUAUUUUCAUUGCUUAGCAACAAACAGGGAAAUAUCCGAAAAAUAUCCGAAGUAAAACUCUCUUACUUGUACCACGUGACGGGAAAUGCCACCAUUUGAUUGGUUGAAAUUGGGAUGAAAAAAAUAAUCAUUUUUAUAGCAUGUGAUUUGGAAUAUUUUUAGCUGUCGAAUGGGGACUUUUCCACUGCAGUCGACAUAAUUCAGUGCCUCAAUGACAAGUUGACUGGGCUAUUAUCAAAUUCUUGGUGAACAACACUGUUAAGUAGAAACAAAAAUCUUGUCGAAAUUUGUUGUAUUGUAAACUGAAAAAUGCUGAAAAAAAAUUUGUGUCCCAACACGUUUGCUCUGAAGUUUGUACAGAUGUUAGUUCAGAUAAUCACAGUUGCUGAUGAAACCCAAUGCAAAAGUACAAUACUAUCCAACGAUUAACGAUGUUCACAUAAAUUCAAAUUCCUUGCAUUCAAAAAUGACAGCUCACUUUUAACUAUGCAAUAAAAAUGAAGGACAACUGCUGACGUGAUGAUAGCCUCAAACAAAUUUCUUCCGUCGAUUUUUUAAGGCAGAAUGCACGAAAAAAAUCAAUCGCAAUAUUUCCAGAGCUUCCCUGUCCUCAUACGAAUUAUGUGAAAGGAAAAACGAAAAUACGACGUGUCAAUGGCCCAGAGAAUGUUAAUUAGAGACGGUCUUAUUACCAAUGAUACUGACAUCUGUGUGAAGAAUAUUUUUGCAUAUUAAGAAACAGUUCAAUGCAAAUGUCAGAACUGUCCCAAAUCUACCAUUUUCAUUUCUGAAUUUGGAAAAUUGAUUUUUCCAGUACAUCUCUUUCAAUCUCAAAGUUAUUCACUCUGAAUUGGCUGUGAACUGCUGUCGCCUCAAACAAGGGUCCCAACUCGUCCUAACGAUUGAAUCCUCAGGAAUAUUCCUCCCCCACCCUAACAUCUAUGUUACAAAAAUGCAUAGAGACCCCAUCCACAUGGCGUUGGAUUGAAUACCGUUAAUAGUGGGAGGGGACGAGAUUUUCUGGCAUACUCGAUGCUCCUAUCGAGGGUGUAUCGAUGGAUUCGUAUACAUUUUGCAGGCAAAGAGCAGCUGAUAGCACCCCCAACCGAGAGACCUGGCGAAGGGGAAUUUUCAGUGGCCCUUCCCCCCCUCCUCCAUCUCGUGCAAUUCUCCAUCCUUGUUGGGGUGAGCAAUAAACGGUGAAAGUCUGAGGGACCCAUUGGCACGCGCAACCCCCGUUGUUCCCCAAUACAGUGUUAGCCCCCCCUCGAGGGUCCAACGAAAAUCGUCAACCCGAGGUACACAAAUCAUUUUGCCUCCAUUGUGCCCCUCGGUACUUCGGGCUUCGUUCAAAUCUGGGUACACCAGCCUCUUGCAGAACUGUACCGACGUUGGAUCGGUCAUCACCGAUUUUCAAAUAACCAAAAGAAACAAGUAAUAUUCCUGGAAUCAUACGUUUUCAAGUGACUAGUGCAAGUGUGUGUUCCUAAACAAUAAAAAAUGACAAGUUCAGCAUACUAUCCAAACAGUGAUUACUGGCCUUAUCAUCCAGUCAGUGACAUUCGAUUGGAUCAAUCAAUGUACGGACAAUCAACGUGUCACCAAAUUCCCCAGCCUCAUCAGCCCCCAAGUUAUCCAAGUGACAGUGCCCUAUCUGUAUCCUCACCCCCGAGUCUUCUCGAGACAAUCCUCCGUCAUGGGAAAGAGGCUGUCAGCGCAAGUUACCCCAGACACAGCCCAGGACUAUCAUCUCAAUCGUCACCAGCAAAUCUCCUAGACUCCCUUCUGCACAAACCCGGGGAUACCGUCAACAAGAGCUACUCAACUCCUCCAGGAAAUCCAAGUCCAGCCCAGCCAACAGGCUCGCAAGUACCUUGUCACACACCCCCGUACACCCCGUCCUCCUGCAGUGACCGGAAUUCACCUAUGGGUGGUCUGAUACUGGACUCCUCGCAGGAGAGAUAUCCUCCAUCCUUACCUGAAUAUCCAGGGAUCAAUUACCCUUAUCCAGUUUAUACUUCCCAGAGAAACCUCCCCUGUCCGGCCACCACUCCCUCCACCUACGAUGGCCAUCCUAACUACACAUCAUACACUGGUAAUGAUAAUGGAAAAGCGAGUCCUACAGGUUCAUGUGAUUACGAGGAUCAACCAAAAGUGGGUGACUAUGCGUGGAUGAAGUCGACUUAUACCUCCGGAGACGUCAAUGGAGUGGGACAGAAGCGAACGAGACAAACGUACAGCCGUCAGCAGACAUUUGAACUUGAGAAGGAGUUUCACUACAGCAAGUAUCUGACGAGAAAGAGACGAGUUGAGAUAGCGGGGAGUCUCCAUUUGACAGAGAGGCAGAUCAAAAUUUGGUUUCAGAAUAGGAGAAUGAAGGCUAAGAAGGAUGGAAAACUUGGGGUAUUUGGAGUCGAUGGCCUUGAUGAUGUGUCUCCGAAUCCUGGACUAUCAACGGAGUCUAUGAUGAUGCCGUCAUCUGGUUCAAUGGGACAUAUGCCGGCGACGGCAAGUUCUCUGGAACAAUCGGGUAGUCUUCAUCAGCAUCAACAGCAACAGUUGCAUGCAGCUUAUUUGAGCUAUCAUCAACAGCAUCAGGGACAUCUGUAUUCUAAUCAGGAGUACAACCAUCAAAUGCAUGGGUAUGGACUUCAGGGAAAAGUGAAUCUCGGCACAGGAUCGUGAGAGGUCCUUACAAUUCUCAAUGUUACAGCUCAGCUGACCGACGAAAUCUUGAUUUAUGACUGCACAGGCUUAAUGCCUUACGACCCCCGACAAGGUAGAGAUGCCUUCGCCGUUUCGUCUUUAGUGUGUCCUGUUUUUACGAUUUUUGGGAGGCUGUGCAGGCUCCAGGGAAUUAUGUAUCUGAUCCAAAAAUUUUUCGGAAAUAUUUUGACACUGGAGAUCCAUCGGGGUCAGAGAUAUUAAUGAGGUUGAUACUCUAGUUUAAUUAAGGGCCAGGUUUCCGUAUUCGAUUCCGUCCGAAAGGCUGAUUGCGAGGGCUUUCAGAAAUUGGUCAUUUGGGUUUUCCAAGUGGAAAAACAGACGGUUUUUUGCGUUUGUCAUUCCAUUACCCACGAAGUUCCAUAGUCGAUUGGUUUCUGAUAUUCAGAGUUUUAUUAGACAUUAAUUUUAAUGUUGAAAUAGAUGGCUUUCAAAAGCCCACUAAUACCAAAUUAAAAAAUAAUAAUUCUGGGGUAAACGGAAUUUUUAAUGUAAUUGAGAGUCUUCAUGGCUGUAAAUGGCUGGAUAUAUCGUGUGAUUUGUAUGAACAAUAGUUGCACUGAGAGAUUAAAUAUUCUUCUGAGAAGAAUUUCAAGCGGAUUUUUCAAUGAAAAUUUUGGCAUUUGUUUGUCCAAAACAAAUGCGAUUGGCAAGAUUAUAUUUUUGUCUGAGUGUGAAUAUCCUUGAAUGUUCCGGCUAUAAGAAAUAAUUAAUCACAAUUAUUUUCUAUUUAUAAUGACCAGUAUUGGUGAAUAAUAUCAGAUUAUGUAAAAACACAAGGCGUCAAUUUCCGAAUUUUCUGAGAAAUUCAAAGUGCGACAAUAGUUGGGGUGGAAUGCACCAUUCGGGGCGGUUAGGCACUAGGGGUAGGUAAAGGUCUCGGGGGUGGGGGAAAUUUUCGUUGUGCAGCUGCGCCGACUUCGUAGAGAUUCAAGAUGGCCGAUUACGCUAUUUGCCCGCGAUGACGCGUUCUAGUUCAUGUUUUUUUUAUUUUUGAAUCAUUUGCAUUCCAAAAAUCUGUAAUUACUUGAUCUCUGUACCUGCAAUACGACUGAUCUAGUGAUUUGUGUGUAGUGAAUUUAUGUUGAAUCAAUGGAGAAUGACCUUAUGGCGAGAGGAGGAAGUUGUGAAAGUCAGUUAUAGCGUGUGCGUCAGUUUGAAUCAUGUGGCUAUGAACAAUUUCAAGGGGGAAUUGCGAAGGUGGUCUGUAUAUAAAUUGUAUUUUCACUUUCAAUCGUUGAAAGGCAGCUAGUAUUUUUAAUAAUUAUAAAUAAUUAAUCAGUAAAGUACAAAUUAUAUUUUAAAGAUGCGAAAAUUGUUAAAUGUAAACGCAGCAAAAUUCAAAGAUCUCUUUAUAAAUUAAAUGUGACACAUAAUAUGAUGAGUGGACUGCAAUUUUUAAUAACAAUUUAAAUUGUGAGAAAAGUAAUUUAAUUGUGGAAUUUAAUUUUCGUUCUGAAUUCCCAUAAUUUAGGAUCAUAAUUGGACAGUUUUUGGUGAUGAGGAUUUGAAGUACAAGUCGAAGAUUAAAUAUUUUUAGUGUCAUACCAAAUAUAAAAGUCUCAUAAAGAUUUCAUUUUUGUCUGUAAAAUUGGACUGUGGAAGUGAAAGGUUUCUAACUCUCUUCUUAUAUAAGGAAAUUCACAGUGAAAAACUCUGAGGUUUUCUCAAGUUAAAUCUUGGAUAUCGAUACGUUUGAUUUAUUUAUUUACAUGUUUAUUUAUUGCAUCUCGAGCACAUGACCUAUUCAUACAACGAGAGGCAAGUGCUCAUUCUAGAAAAAGUAAAAUAGAGAUACUGAUCUCAAAUUAAAAAAUUAUUGUGUUAUAAAUUGCAUAUUGGACAGAUUUAGUGAUUCCAAAAAAAAAAAUUUUCUCUGUACAUAAGUAAAUACUACGACUGAUCAUCACUAAGAAAAUAUAUUAAUUUAUGAGCUUUCACGAAGUCCUGCCGACGAUCGAACGAUCAAUAACUCUAUCUCAACCGAAAAAGAUCUUCAACUCUGCUAUUUCAAAAAAAAAACUAGUCCAUUCCAUGAAGUACAAGGGCACAAGUUGUCGCCAUUCAGGAAAAAUAUAUUAUAUUUUGUGCUAUUAAAUAA